CUGGGAUUUCGGGUUAAAUAUUCAAAAUGGCGGACGGAGGAGCAGCGAGUCAAGAUGAGAGUUCAGGAGCAGAUGCUAAAGUGAAUAAUCAUUCAGAAACUACUAAAUGUGCAAUGGAAAGCGGUGAUGGAAACACCGGAAUCCAAAUCAAUGGAUUGGACCUUCAGAGGCAGACGGCGACAACCAGUGCAAUCACAAAUGCACAUGCACAAGCCCUCCUCCAACAGUCAAAGUCGGAAGACUCGAGUGCUCUUCCGACCUCCGUCCAGCAGAGUGUAUUGCCUCAAACCCAGCUAAUGUUGGCUGGGGGACAGAUUGCAGGAUUGACCCUGACCCCAGUACACCAGCAGCUGUUGUUCCAGCAGCAGCUCCUGGCUGGACUGGCCGUGCAACAAUCAGCCAGCCAGCAGAACAGCAACACCGGGGCCAACAUCUCAGCCACUGCAGCCACGCCCAUUACCCUGUCACAGCCCAUCCAGAUCACCCAACUACAGCAGCAGAAUCUGCCUCAGUUUGUUCUGCUUCAGCCCGGCCACCCGAUCGGCACACCCCAUCAGUUCAUCAUCUCACAGACACCGGCCCAACAGGCCCUUCAACUACCUCACAACCAAGGUAACCUCCUGCAGAGUCAUCCGAGCAUCACCCUUGCACCUCAGCCUGCAACUCCAAGCCGCACACCAGCAACCACACCUAAUCACUCCCUGCCCCAGAGUCAGACACCACCCAAACGGUUGGACACCCCCACUCUGGAGGAGCCCAGUGAUCUGGAGGAGCUGGAGCAGUUCGCCAAGACCUUCAAACAGAGACGCAUUAAACUGGGCUUCACGCAGGGUGAUGUUGGCCUGGCCAUGGGGAAGCUGUACGGAAACGACUUCAGUCAAACGACCAUCUCUCGCUUCGAGGCCUUGAACCUUAGCUUUAAGAACAUGUGCAAACUGAAGCCACUGCUGGAGAAGUGGCUCAAUGAUGCAGAGAACCUGACUUCUGACCAGGCCCUGUCCAGCCCCAGUGCCCUGGGCUCACCAGGCAUGGGAAUAGAGGGGAUAAAUCGCAGACGGAAGAAGAGGACCAGUAUCGAGACCAACAUCCGAGUGGCCUUAGAAAAGAGCUUUCUGGAGCAGAACCAAAAACCUACCUCUGAAGAGAUCACCAUGAUCGCCGACCAGCUCAACAUGGAGAAGGAGGUUAUUCGGGUCUGGUUCUGCAAUCGCCGGCAGAAAGAGAAGAGGAUCAACCCCCCCAGUAGUGGAAACAGUGGAGGCUGCAGCACCCCCAUCAAAACCAUCUUCACCCCCAGCAGCCCACUGGUGGCCAGCCCAGCAAGCCUUGUGAGCAGUUCAACCAUUAACACGCCCACCACGCUGACUAUAAACCCAGUGAUGCCUCUCACCAGCACCAGUGUCUCCAGUUUGUCUUUCCCAGGCUCAAUUGGACUCACAAACACCACGUCCGUCAUCUCCAACGCACCCAUGGUCACCACAGCCAUCAGCUCGCCGUUGACGACUAUUCAGUCCACGAACACGGAGAGCAAGGCCGGCAUGCAUGCGCUACCCGUCACAUCCAUAGCCACCACUUUAGGGACGGGUCAGGUGAUGGUGGCGUCUCCGGGGCUGUCGGCGGCGCUGCAGGGUGCCCAGUUACCCACCAGUGCUAGUUUUGCUGCUAUGGCUGCUGCUGCAGGACUCAACCCAGGAUUCAUGGCGUCCUCACAGUUCCCUCCAGGGGGGGCCCUGCUCAGUCUGGCCCCUGGUGGCCUCGGCAGUGCGCUGAGUCCUGCAUUCUUAAGUAACAGCACCCUGGCCACCAUUCAAGCGCUGGCGUCGAACGGCACAAUCCCCAUCACCUCUCUGGACGCCAGUAACCUGCUGUUCGCCAACGCCUCCGGCAACGCGUCCAACAUGGUGACCUUCCUGAACCCGCAGAACCUGUCGCUGCUCAACAGCCCCAUCAGCCUGAUGUCCACCGGGGCGGGCCUGCAGGUCGAUGCCCAUCACCAGUCCUCGAUGGCCGUGCCCGUAACAGCCUCCACCAUUUCCACUGCCUCCAAGGCCCAGUGAAGCCGGCCCGGGCCACCAGUUCCUGCGUUAACGCCCUACUUCUUAUGUCGUGCACUACGCUCUCUAUCACGCCACGUAGGGAACAGGGAGGUCGUUAAAAAGGCUCUGUGCUUCACUAACCACCAUUGUUUCUAUCAUAUCUAUCAUUAUUUAAUCCUUUUGCUGCCACCAAAAAGAAAAGAACCUCAAACGUGUUGUUUGAGGUUGACCUUUUAUUAUUAUUUUUUUUUUCUUCUUUUUCUUUUGAUUCUUGGAUGUUUUUUCCACUAACAGUAGCCAAGUGGACACUGUUGUUGGGCCUGCCGCUCCUCGUGAACCUUGAUGAAGUGUCGGGGAAGAAAAUCUCCUCGCCGUCAUCAAGAUGUUCACAUUUUGUGUGUAUGUGUGCGCGCGCGCGUGUGUGUGUGUGUAUAUAUAUAUAUAUAUA